UGUUAUUGAUGGAUCUUGUGUGAAUAUUUGCUGAUAAAUACAGUUUUUUUAUUUGUUUAUCUUAGGUUUGAUCAAUGGCACUGUAUAGAACUGGGCCAUACCCAAUUCUGGAGAGUAAUAGCCUAGCUUAUUCGCAUAGAAAUUUGUUUGUUUUACCUGUUCCUCUGCAUUUCACUAGACAUAGACAAUCAUCUAAUGAAGGUAAGAGAAAGCACAAAGGAAUAUGCAGUUCAUCAUUACAUGGAGCUGCAUCUGCUUCUUCCAUGGAGUCACAUCAAGAGGAUCUAAGUGCCUUUUCCGUUUGCUUGGAGGAGGAAACUGAUCAUGUUGUGAGGUUCAAAAUGUCGGAUUUUAAGGUUUUAGAUCAUGUUAGCAUUGGCCUCGGUGGAAGGGCAGAUGAGGUGGUUUUUGAAGGGGAGGUGAAGGAUAGUGGUAGCCUUUUGUAUAACACACGAGUUAUACUUAGACAGCUUUAUAGUAACCAAGCUCAGCGUCGAGGAAAACGAGCAAUAGAGGUAUGUUGACCUUGUAGCAUCUCACUUUUGUUUAGUUCAU